AGUUCACCCGCGCACACCUCGCAACCUUCCUCUCCCAAUGGCGUCGCAUGUCGACGACGAUGUGUUCGAGCGGCUGAAGCAAAAAGCCGACCCGGCAGAGGCGCACAAGCGGCAGCAGCAGCUCAAUGAGCGCAUCCUCGCGCAGCAUGAAAAGGCCCAGGCCAGACAGGCCGAGCUGGUCGCCAGCAACUUCACGCUGCCCGUCACCAUCUCGUCCGUCCGCGUACUCCAGGCCAAGCACACCCGCCAUGGAUUCCUGCAACGCAUCUUCGACCCGAUGCUGAGCGUCAACCGUGACCGGCCCUACACCCUUGAGGAAGCCCUUUCUGACCUCUCUGGCGCCGUUGGCAAGCUUGAACGAUUCGACAUCUUCAAGUCCCCCAUUUCCGUCUUCAUCGACAAGCCCGACAAGGCCAACCCUUCGACCGCGCCCACUGAUAUCGAUGUCUACCUUCAAGCUCGCGAGCGUUCCCGCUACACUAUCAAAACUGGCACCGAAGCCGGUUCCGCCGAAGGCUCCGCGUAUGCGAGCGCCGAGCUGCGCAACCUCUUUGGGGGUGCCGAAUCACUCCAUGCGCAUGCUUCGGCAGGCACGCGCACUCGUUCCGCCUACUCUGCCACCUUCGAUACGCCAAUCCUCAGCAACCCUGGCCUGCGUUGGGAGAUUGGCGGCCUGGCAAGUUCCACGCUAAAGUCGUGGGCCAGCCAUGAAGAGGUACUAAAGGGUGGUUCGACGAAGCUGAAAUGGUUGACGUCCAGUGGUCACCGGCAUGAAUUGGCAUAUUCGGGCCUCUGGCGGCAGAUCACGGGAUUGGCAGCCAACGCGUCGCCUACGGUGCGGGCAGAUGCUGGUGACUCGUUUAAAUCAAGCGUGUCUCAUACGUACACGCUCGACAGGCGUGACAUGCCUCUGCUGCCUUCUCGCGGGUACCUGCUGAAGACCCUGGCCGAGAUUGCUGGUGCCGGUCCAUUGGGCGGCGAUGUCAGCUUUGGAAAGCUCGAACUUGAAUCGCAAGCUGCGCUGCCCUUCGCACCACUACCUGGUGUUGCUUUCACCACCAGCUUCCGCGCCGGUAUGCUUUACCCGCUUGCGCUGGGAGGCGCCAAGGCCCCUAAUUCACGUCUCAAUGAUCGCUUUCAGCUUGGCGGUCCCACUGAUGUCCGCGGUUUCCGUCUUGCCGGCCUUGGGCCUCGCGACGGAUCCGAUGCCAUUGGUGGCGAUGUAUAUGCCGCUGGCAGCGCUAGCCUUAUGCUCCCAUUGCCGCGGAUUGGGGCUGAUACUCCUCUGCGAUUCCAGGCCUUUGUGAACGCUGGCCGGUUAUUGGCUUUGAAGGAGCCACGCGAGAAGACAGAAGGCCAUGAUGCUGCUGAUGUUGCUGAGAGCAUGAAGGCAACCCUGCAGGAAUUGGGCAAUGGCCUGCCGAGCUGCGCAGCCGGCGUGGGUCUUGUUUACGCACACCCAGUUGCACGGUUUGAGGUCAACUUCUCCCUGCCGCUCGUGUUGAGGAAGGGUGAACAGGGUCGGAAGGGUGUACAUUUUGGCGUUGGCCUUGAAUUCAUGUAGAAGUAGAAUUUGGCAGGGGCAACCGUCCAGAAUAGAUACAUUCUUAUACUUAUUAGCUGUACUACUAUACGAGACCAAUAAAACUAAGCAAAGAAUCAUAUAAAGAAAUAUAACG